AUGACCGUUCUGGGGACUGGGAUUCGAAAUGAAUCUGCCACACUGUGGAAAGAAAACCUCGCGGCUCACUUGAUUUGCCCUGAAUGCAGAGAAACUCCUCCAAAUCUCGUAACCCCGGAUUCCCACGAAACCAUCUGUGGGACCUGUGGCCUCGUCUUGGCAGAUAGAGAGAUUGAUCAACACUCAGAAUGGCGUACCUUCUCGAACGAUGACCAGAAUAACGAUGACCCCUCCCGUGUUGGAGAUGCGGCGAAUCCGUUGUUGAACGGCAACCAGCUUGAGACCCAAAUCUCAUAUGGCGCUGGUGGUUCUCGAAGCCGCGAGUUGCACCGGGCUCAAAAUAAAAUGUCCAGUGAAAAGACCAACAAGGUUUUGAUGGCUGCCUACAAGGAAAUAGGUGCACUUUGUGACGGGUUUAAUAUCCCCAAAAAUGUGGCGGACACCGCCAAGUAUCUUUUUAAGAUCGUGGACGACGCAAAGGCAUUCAAGGGCAAGUCGCAAGAUGUGAUCAUCGCCGGGUGCAUCUUCAUCGCUUGUCGGCAGUGUAAAGUUCCCCGAACCUUCACAGAGAUAUUUGCCGUGACGCGCGUUACCAAGAAGGAAAUCGGGCGGAUCUACAAGGCUCUUGAGAAAUUCUUCACCGCUCAAAACUUAGAGCGAAUCAAUUCUGUGGUCUCGAGUGGGGGUGUACCUGAUCCCAACGAGACAUAUACUGCCACAACGUCCACGAAACCCAGCGAUCUUUGCAACCGGUUUUGCAAUCUGCUCGAUCUUCCGUUCCAAGUCACCAAUGUCUCGUCUGCGUUGGCUGACCGAGUUACAUCCACGGGUGAUCUUGCCGGUCGAUCUCCACUAUCGAUCGUGGCAGCUUCAAUCUACAUGGCGUCCUUCCUGAUGGGACAGGGAAAGUCCGCCAAAGAGAUCUCCAGCGUUGCUCACGUCAGCGACGGGACAAUCCGUGGAGCUUACAAGCAACUCUAUGCUGAGAGAGAACGGCUGAUCGACCCUGCAUGGAUCAAGGAUGGCAAGGGUGACAUGAAAAACCUCCCUGCCAGCUAG